ACCGAUCAAAAAGCUGGUGGUGCGUCUUCCGCGGUAAAAUCUAUCGCUCAAGUUGUGUUAUUUUCGGUUGAAUUUGCGCUCAGAAUAGUCUUUUAUCGGCGAUAGACUUCAUUCUCGUGAGCGCGUUGAAAAGUAGAAUAAGCGAAAAUGACGGAAGCGACUCCGGACGAUAUGUGGACUCCGUUCAAGCAUUUGUUCAACAGUAUCGAGGUGUUUCUGGCGCCAGCGACGGGUGGCGCCCAACAGCAGGAGCAAAACGUGGCCAGUUUGGAUGUGCUGCUUCGGAAGCACAAGCAGAAUUUCACCUCUCUGCUGAGAAAUCCACCGAAGAAUGCCAAAAGCAGGGAGGCGAUUCGACAGGGUAUAACGGAGGGUAUCACGCUGCCCGAGUUCGGGCACACGAUUCUGUCGAAGGAUCUGGUGGACGAGAGUGUAAUCAUCUCGGAUAUGUACAGCUUGAAUGAGUACAUCGCGUUGGAGCUGUUGUGUACGGCCCAGCAGCAAAUGCCCAACCACCCGGGGCUUCCGCGUGGACUGGUGGCGGUGCUGCUGUACUACGAUGGGCGUAAAUCGCUGGCGGCUAGUUUGAAGGAGCUGUUUCAGGCUCGUGCGGGGAUUAGCUGGUGCACGGAUGCACCCUACGAGAUUACCCAGCUGAUAACGAGCUAUACGGAUGGGCUGGUGGCGGAUGGUAUCCUGGAUAAGAUAGUGGAUUUGCUGGAGGAGCUAGAUGUGACUAAGGAACUGGAUGUGCUGACGACGAAUAGAGCGCUGGGGCCACCGAAGCAUCACCGGCAGGUGUUGGAGCUGUUCGAAGAGAUCCGAUUGCUGUUGGCAACCUCGUUGUUCAAUUGGGCUGCGCAGUGUGGUCUUCCGAAGGGUACCACCGUUAAGUUGAUUCGCCAUUUGGCGAAGUACAAAUCGACGGUUUCUUCCGGGGGAAUCGAUGAUGUGACGAUGGCAAUGCAAAUGGCACUCAUGUAUGGGCUGGAUAUGAGCGUGAUUCAGCGACGCGAAGACGGUGAGGAGGUUGUGCGACGUUUGCCCAUGGUUAAGGAUGCGGAGUUUAUCGAAACGGUGAUGGAGGCGCUCUCCGGCGCUUGGGAAUGCGAAGGUCUUCGUUCGGUGUCUCUUUUUACGUUUGGCUUGGCGAUUGCCACCAUUAGACUUGCGCCACAGAAUCUGUACUCGAAUACGGCGAGAAUCAUCGACCAGGAUGAGCUGCUGGUUGAUGCUGCUAUCCAAGGACGGGUUUUUGAUUUUAUUCACUACACUUUGCUUGAAAAUGAAAUCAUUUUUCGAACAGAAUUUUACUAUCGCAGAAUGCAUGUUCUUUUCACGGAUUUCAUCGAAUUGAUGCAUUCCAAAGUGACGGAACUGAGAGCUAGAGCAGAUGAAACGGCGAGAACAGUGCAAGCUUUCCAGCAGCAAGGGUUGGAUCCACCGGCGAAUUUGUGUAGAAACUUUGAAGCUUUGCUGCUUUCGGUUGGCAAAUUGUAUCAGAAUGAUAACAUGCGGCUGAAUCUAUCCCUCGAAUACUGGGGACCAAUGGAAGUGGCUGCUAAUUAUCAGCGGGCGUCGUCACGUUCGGUUUGUUUAUUCAAAUUUAUACGCUUGGCGGGCGAAUUGCUGCCACCCAUUUUGUUCAUUCCGUAUCUCAAAAUGUUGUCCGGCCUGUCGAGUUCCCCACAAUCGGCACGAAAUGCCUUUAACCUUCUCAAGCAAGGUGGAGCUUCCGGAGCCUCGGCUACAAUAUCAUGGGAUCACUUUUUCAAUUCCCUGUUCCGAUACUACCAAAAUCUCCGCCAGGAACAGAACCCGGGAAGUGAGACGGUGUACCGUAAUCGUGCCAUGAGCAGAAACAUUAACCCACAGGAAAUCGCCGGCUUGCAGGCGGUUCUUCAGGUGAUUCGAGCUGUGGCCACUUACGACGAAGUCGCACGUGUUGCCCUAUGCGAACAUCCGAAUUGGGCACCGCUACAUGUGCUGCUCGGAUUGAUCAGCUGCUCCGUGGCGAUCCCAUUGAAGGCGGAUUUGGUUCAAACGUUGGCCGCCCUUGGCAAGAGUAAGGAAACGGCACUGCAGCUGUGGAGUAAUCUCGAAGCGUCUCAGAUUAUCAGUACCAUCCCAACCACUAGCACAUUCGCCAGCCGGGGAAUCGAGUCCGAACUUGAAGAAAUCGAAAGCCGCAACGAGUUGUAUCCACUGACCAUAGCGAUGCUGGAUCUGCUUUACAUCCUUUGUGAUACGGCCAUCCCAAAGGGACUGGGCGCUGGUCCGCGUAAGCCUGGUCUCGAUCCGUACGUCACCUUCGUCAUCGAUGCCGUCUUCCUUCGGUUCUACAAUCGAAACUACAAAAACCCCGCCGAAAAGUGGCAAAUCGCCGAGAAGUGUCUGCAGCUGUUAUAUGCCUUUGUUCGAAACUACGUCCCUUCACCGGCGGACUUCCCAUCCACGAUCCACCCCCAGGAGGAAAACUCUUCGCCCGGAUUUCACAUCCUACUCCAGGUGAACACCAAAUCCGAUUUCCUGCGUUUGCUGCUGCACAUCAUCGAUGAAUCGUGCACCAUGUUCGACAGCUAUGCGCCCUUCGCCGGCAAGAAACAUCUCGAGGCGACCUCCCUCUACGCGCUGCAGAUCAUCGAGCGAGCUCUCGAAACGCAGGAGGACUUUUUCAGUGCCCAUUUCUCGUCCAACUGUUCGAUUCUGCUGGCGGGAAUCAACAAGCUUCUGCUGGGGAUGAAUCCACGCAGCGGAAAGGCUGACCACAUGCUGAACGUCACGCGCUUUGUCACGUACAACUCUUGGCUGCCGGAGAACGCUCUGGUGGCGAUCCGGGUGCUGACCGCCAUUAUGCGGCAGCCCAAUGUGAACCAACAGAUUCUGGGGCUGUUCACUCAAAACGAGCGGGUGAAAAACGAGAUCCGACAGGGGUUUGUGGAGUGUCUGGAAAGCGAAGCGGUUACCUACGCGGGGGCUGGUGGGAGCGAAGCUGACUCGAAUCGUGAUGGUCAGGAGCUGUAUCUGGAGGGGGAAGAGGGUUCCAACGGGUCGGGGGCAAAUGUGGAGCUGCAUAUCAAGGAGGCAAUUAUUGGACUGCUGCAGGAGUGUCUGCCCCAGCAGAGCACACCCAAUUUGGCGCAUUAUUUGCUCGGGUUUGAGCUGAGCAAGGAGCUACGGUUGACCAAUUUGCAGCAACCGGGUGUGAUGAAUUUUCCCAGCAAUUGUGGCAAGUCGCUGAUCACGCUGUUGGAUAAUUCGCUGGAGGUAUCCAAAUCCGGCAAGACCAGCUCCGCCCCGCAGGAGCGUUUAAUCGAGAACGCCUACUCGCUACUGUACGCGCUGUGCCACAACACGCGAACCUCGGAGGUCAUCCUGCGCUUCCUGCGCUCCUGCAACGACUUCCUCUGCCGGCACAUCAGCGGACUGCCCUUCGCAAACGUCAAAAGUCCCCAUGUACUGAACCAGAUGACCGGUUUGCUCAAGUGUGUCGCCAUCGAGCUGAAGCUCACCUCGGACAAGAGUCAGGUUUCCCAGUUCGGGAACGUGUGCAAGAUUCUGCUCGGCGUGGUCCAGAGCGGCCAGCAGGCGGCGACGGAAAGCGCCGUCCUCCCGGUGGAGCUGUCCCAUCACUACAGCAUGAUGAACGCGAGUAUGAUGUCCAGUCCGCUGGAGAGCAGCACCAUCGGCGGCGGCGGGCGGAAGGGAGUGUCGGAGUCGGCCAAGCUGUUGCUGUGUCAGCUGUUGGAUUGUUUGGAUUUUGAGAUUAAAUCGCUGGAGAAACCAAAGUGGGAUUACUUCGACAACUCGCUGCUGCAAGGGUUGCUCCAAAGUUGUGAGAUCCCAGCGGUUGGCGCGGGUGGUGGUUUGAAGUUGAUCGACAUCAGGAAACUGCACGACGUGUUGAAGGAUGAGCUUAACUCGGUGCAAACGACGAUCGCUGCCGGUCAGAGGGCACACAUUCUGGUGGAAAUCGAGACCAUUCUGAUGUAUGGGCUGCAGGUGAACUGUCAGCGGAAUUUGUGCGCUUCGACUGUGAAGUUUUUGGAAGGCUGGAGCCAGGUGACGGAGGUGCUGUUCAGCGUAACUCCAGCGAUGUUUGUCUCGCUGGAUGUGAAGCAAAGUCUGCUGUUGGAGAUUGUCCAGGCGGUUCUCAGUAAGGUGGUGCCAAAUCAGAUUAUGCCCGAGUUGGCGAAUCUUGCCUCGUCGACGGUCCUGCUGUUGAUGGUGAACAUGAGACACUGCUGUGUCCUGAAGAACCGAGAGGGUCCACAGGAGAUAAACCAGGGUCCGCUGAUGAGUUCGUUCGGGGGGAAUAGUGUCGUGGGGGUUGGAGGCAGUGGGGGAACCUUUUCACCCAAAACGAAUACGCUUAGUUUGAGGUACAUCCUGCAGAACAUUCUUGAGUGGAUCCUAAUCAGCGGCGUGGGAUCGCAAAAGCUGAGAAUAAAUCUGUAUGCGUCUCUGCUAAACUAUAUGCACAUCGUGAAAGGUAAUCGGGACAAGUUGGAAAACGAACAGGAUAACAUGAGGGAUGAGUUCUAUGUUUCACGGUUGGAUAAAAGCCUGGCGGCGGGAAGAUCUCAUGAGAGUGGAGCGGACGAAUCGCAAGCUCAAAUCGAGAUGGUUAUCGAGAUCUUCCAAUCGUUCGGGGAUAAACUGAUCGACAUUCUUUGUCAUGAUUGCACCGGAGGGCAUGAUAUCUGCAAAAUGUUGGCCCUCUCCUGCGUUGAUAUGCUACUGGAUAUGGACUCGAUGACCAACGUGAUUCAGUUUAUCUCCAAAAGGGGUUAUCUGUCUCAUAUGAUCGAUAGUUUGCUGAAGAACGAUGUCAAACUGUGCCGAAUUCUCGACAAUCAACCGGAAAAUAUGAAGGCACUUUACGUGUAUGAAUCAAAAAUGGCAAUGUUGAGUAGAAUUGGCAGCUCUCACAUCGGUGCGGAGCUUCUGCUGGAAGAGAAGGCUCUCAGUGUGCUGGCAGGAAUGAAGGUCUUCGACCUUCAUCCUGAUUUUCAAGUCCUCAGCUACUCCGGACAUUACCAAGCCUCCUCUAGCUUUAUUCCACCGAUCGAAGCUCGCUAUCAACAGAUCCUCUUCCCGGCUCUCAAUUUGUGCGACGUUAUUCUUUCCACAUUGGGCCAAGAAAAUCAUUCCGCUGUCACUCAGAUCAUUCACUUCCUGCUUUCUCACGGCGAAACUAUCGAAAUCGUGCUUCGCGCGGGAACUCCCUUCCUCAAUAUCGGCCUGCUGCAGGAGUUGGCCGGAAUAACGAGUCUGAUCGCUCGUGCAGCUAAUCAGGAAAUCUCCACACUCAUUGCGCCAAACGUCAACCAAGACAUCGGAGCCAAUCUCUACCGGCUGCAGAAGCUAAUGCUGACUCUGUUCCCACGGUUCAGCCUGUCCGAGCAAACGCUGAAAGAGCUCAACCAAAACGCGCUCACCAACUGCAGCGAGCGGGAGAAAUCCACCCACCUGAAGUACUUCCUCCAGAUUGCGGCCAAUCUUGCGCUUUAUGCACGCAACAGUAUUUCGAAUCACGCCGUUGACCACCGGACCAUCAACGUGUUGUUUUCGCCCCAAAUCAGCGAAAACAUUCACCACCGGCAGCAGGAGAACCGUGGAACGGGAGCUGCCCUCGAAACGUCGCACAGUUUGAACAUCAUCGUGGUGCAGCUGAAGAACUCGGUCGAGUAUUACCACAGGGAGAAGCUUUCGCACGAGAGUCUGGUGCGACAGCGGAAUUCGCUGCCCAGUCUUAGCUUGGAUACCAACGUCCAAGUUCAGCACAACAAUCUGACAGAACGGAUAGCCGCCAAGCAGGAGGAGCUAAAGCGAUGCGUUUUUAUUACCGAGCACUGUCUGUACCUUUUGUGGGCCCAUCUGGACUAUUUUAUGCUGCGGGCAAUCCCCGUGAGCUCGUUGCAUUUCAACUCGUCCUAUGGGGGAGGCACUGAAAACUAUCUAUCCUCCCAAACGGAAGUGGGUUGGAAGAUCACCGCCGAGGAUGUCGCUGCACUGAAGAAAACCCUGAUCGGGGUGUUCAACGAGACUUUCUGCAAGCAGCUUGUCAGCACGGUUCCGGAUCAGACGCGCACCUCGGACAAGGGCUUCAUCGAGGCGCUGCUCCGGCGGAUCAAACGAUUGAUUCAGUUCGUUCCGGUAAAGUGAUCACCGUUGAGAAUGUGUGAAUGUGUUUAUUACUGACGACGAAUGUAAUUUUGUCAUAUGUUAUUAUAUGAUGACGGUUGUUUUCCGCUCAUAUUUGUCUCCCAUCAACUGUGGUCUUUUUCUUUACUUCAUUCCUGAUUAAACUGUUUU